AUGGUGAGAACAACUCAAACCACCAUUGCUUCUUCUUCCGCAGUCGCAAAUAACAACAACAACACAAAUAAUCUUUCAAAUACAAACAUGUUACCACCAUUAAUCUCUUCUCAACAAUCACCAACACCACCUUCUACACACCGACCUCCACCGUCUUUCUCUUUUCAACCACCACAACCACCACUGUCAACACAUCAAUCUUUACCUUCUUCUUCACAACAACCACCAACACCAUCUUCUACACAACGAACUCCACCGCCUUUUUCUUCUCAACCACCACAACAACCACCGUUUACUGCUACUUCACAACCGUCUCUCCAACAUACUCCCAUACAAUUUCCAUCGAAAUCAAUGUUGCGAUCUCAGCUUCAUUCUAUCAAGAAAGAAUCUUCAACAAUUUAUGAAUUUCUUCAUCAAAUUAAAACAAUUGCGGACUUGCUUGCAGAAAUUGGUGAACCAGUUCAAGAUUCAGAUCUGGUAAUGUACACUCUUAAUGGUAUUGGUAAAGAAUUCAUUCACUUUGUGAAACAAGUCAUUGAUUAUGGAGAUAUACCCUGUCAGAUAUGUCACAAGGAUGGUCAUUGGGCAAAUCGUUACGGAUUUCGGUAUUCUGCUUCUCGAAAUAGUACUGCACCACCACAAAGAGCGUUUCUUGGUCUUGAUAUCAAUGCAGGAAGUAGUUCUACUUCUCCUUGGAGUUCACAAGAGUUUGAUUCUAAUGUUCAGUUUCCCUCUAAGGUUGCUUAUGAAAGUGGAGGUUAUUGGAGUCUUAGUAACUCAGGACCAAUUUGGAUUCUUGACUCAGGAGCUUCUAGCCAUAUGAAAAAUGAUGCAUCAAUUCUACAAAAUACUACUCUUCAUUCUGGCCCAGAACAAGUCAUGGUUGGUGAUGGUAAAUUAAUUCCCAUCUCAUUAACAGGUUCUUCUACCUUAUCUACUUCAUCCAACCAUUUUAAUCUGCACAAAGUUAUUUAUGUUCCUCAUUUGCAACACAAUUUAAUGUUUGUGGCUCAGUUUACUAAGGAAAAUAACUGUGUGUUUCUGUUCUAUCCUUGGGGAUAUGAAAUAAAGUCAUUGAAGAGCAAUCUUAUUCUUGCUAGAGAGAGGAUGAAGGAUGGACUAUAUCCAAUACUAUAUGGUCACUCUAGUUCACACAAUGCUUCCCCAUAA